CGGGUACAUCGUCGCCGCUCUGGAGUGCGCAGGCGCCGUCCCGCUGAGGCGACUUCGGCAAUGGCGGCCGCGGGCGGCCCUGAGGCGACGGCGGAGGAGUCUGAGGGGAUGGCCACCGCCGCCGCCCCCUCCACCGUCGCCGUGGCGGCCGCCGCCGCCUCGCCCCCGGCUCCCGUGGUGGUGCAGCGGGAGCCGGUGUACAACUGGCAGGCCACGAAACGGUCGCUGCGGGAGCGCUUCGCCUUCCUCUUCGCCAACGAGCUCCUCAGCGACGUCCGCUUCGUGGUGGGCAAAGGCGGGCCCCGGGCCGGCGGGGGAGGCCCCGGGCCCGGCCAGCAGCGCAUCCCCGCUCACCGCUUCGUCCUGGCCGCCGGCAGCGCCGUUUUCGACGCCAUGUUCAACGGCGGGAUGGCCACCACCUCGGCCGAGAUCGAGCUGCCCGACGUGGAGCCCGCCGCCUUCCUGGCCCUGCUCAGGUUUCUGUAUUCAGAUGAAGUUCAGAUUGGGCCAGAAACUGUGAUGACCACACUCUACACGGCCAAGAAGUAUGCUGUCCCAGCCUUGGAAGCUCAUUGUGUAGAAUUUCUCACGAAGCACCUUCGGGCAGAUAAUGCUUUUAUGCUGCUUACUCAGGCUCGGUUAUUUGAUGAGCCGCAGCUGGCUAGUCUCUGUCUUGAUACAAUCGACAAAAGUACGAUGGAUGCGAUAAGUGCAGAAGGUUUCACAGAUAUUGACAUAGACACCUUAUGUGCAGUUUUGGAAAGAGACACACUCAGCAUUCGAGAAAGUAGACUUUUUGGAGCUGUUGUUCGCUGGGCUGAAGCGGAAUGUCAAAGACAGCAGUUACCUGUCACCUCUGCAAAUAAGCAGAAAGUGCUUGGCAAAGCCCUCUCCUUAAUCCGUUUUCCACUAAUGACUAUUGAAGAAUUUGCAGCAGGACCUGCUCAGUCUGGAAUUUUGUCAGAUCGGGAAGUAGUAAAUCUCUUUCUGCAUUUUACAGUCAACCCUAAACCUAGAGUUGACUAUAUUGACCGGCCAAGAUGCUGUCUUAGAGGAAAGGAAUGCAGCAUCAAUAGAUUCCAGCAAGUGGAGAGUCGCUGGGGUUACAGCGGAACUAGUGACCGCAUUAGGUUCACAGUCAAUAGAAGAAUUUCCAUAGUAGGAUUUGGACUAUAUGGAUCUAUUCAUGGACCUACAGAUUAUCAAGUUAAUAUUCAGAUCAUUGAAUACGAGAAAAACCAGACACUUGGGCAGAAUGACACUGGAUUUAGCUGUGAUGGAACUCCCAAUACCUUCAGAGUUAUGUUCAAAGAACCUAUAGAGAUUCUGCCAACAGUCUGCUACACUGCUUGUGCAACCCUCAAAGGCCCUGAUUCUCACUAUGGCACAAGGGGAUUGAAGAAGGUAAUCCAUGAGUCUCCUACUUCAAGCAAGACCUGCUUUUUCUUUUUUAGUUCACCGGGUAAUAACAAUGGUACCUCGAUAGAAGAUGGACAAAUACCAGAAAUAAUUUUUUAUACAUAACUUCAGAUCCCAAGAUGCAGCAAAGCUCAGAUUUGGGAAAGGACAGUUGGGAGAUGUGGAAUACUGUGAAACUUUGUAAAUAAUCUCAAACACGUUAAAACGGAAGUAUUGUACAUGAAAAGUACUAAAUUAGUAUUUACUACUUCCAGUGGCAGUAUGCAGCUGAAUUCCUCUCAAACUAAAAUACUCUUACAUGUAUAUAAAUAUUUAACUUGUUCACUUUAACUUGAUACUAUCCCCUGAGCUGGGAGUUCAAGCAGAGUAUUUGUAUUUUUUUCCUGAAUUAUACUUGUGUUCUCUGUGAAUGGUAUGACUGCAUUCCUGCGCAAUGCAACACGCUCUACUAACCUUGCCCUCUUUCCAUUUGACAAGUCAAAGGAAAGCAGAAUCAUCACUAAUACAAAUCACAGCUGUGAUUUUAAUUGUUACAUUGUACAUAACCAAGAAUGGGGAUUUUUGUUUUUGCUGUGUAUUUGGAAAAAAAAUGGUAUUGCACCAAGCCAGUUGUAUGAAGUUAUUCUUAAAAUAUAAAGUGAACAUUGGAAGGUAACUUUCUAGGCUUGUAUGCUUUACUAAACACUCAGGCACUUCACAUUUACAUACACAAGUUCAUAAAUAUACAAACAAGUGUUUGUAGCAAAGUGAACGUGAUGAUAUCUUGUGUGUACAUACACACAAUCCAUUUUACGGUAACCUAGCCAUAUGUUUUGAUAUUCCCAAUAUACUCUCAAAUAUUAUUUGGCCUGUCAGUAUAUUUAGGAGCAGACAUACAGCUGGAGAUGUGUGUGGCUUUGCAGUCUUCUCUCCUGUACUCGGUGUCAAUAAAUAACCCGUCUUGUAUCUAG